CUUGGCUGAACCUCGCAGACUCGCCAUAUAAGUAAAAGAUUUAACAAACAAACGUGGGAGCAACAAUGACGUAGCGGUCACCCAUAACCUGCUGUUGGGAUUUGCUUGCCUUACCUCUUCACUUUCAAAAAUAUCGUGAGCGCGUGAACACCUAUUAUACGAUUUUGUUAUAGUUAUAUAGUCGCGUUAUUUUCGUUUGCUUUAUUUACGUUAGCUUUUUAAUUAAUUUUAGUGCGCUCGGUACAGUGCUUCAACAUGACAGUGAACAAAAGUGGUGCUACGAAUAAAACCAAAAAGAAAACAUCAACGACGACUACAGCCGCAAGCUCAUCCAGUACUAGUGCUACUAAGUCAUCGAAAGUAAUAUCCAAAAAAAGUGAGACGCUCCAAACUGGUAAUGUAUCAAAAUCUUCUUCGUCUUCCAGCUUAAAAAUUUCUGAUAUUUCACAUUUACCGGUUAACGCUAAAGUUGUCACUUAUAAAGUCACAGAACAGUUACCAACGGGCGGAGGAGAAAAAAUAACUACUUAUGAAGACUCAGGUGCCACUUCUACCGAAUACAGACAUUUUAUUGCACAAGAUUCUUCCUCAUCAGCAGUACAUUCCACACAAAUAGAACAAAUUAGUUCUACUUUAAAUCAAUCAACAACAAAUCUACAUGAAUCGACUUCUAAUUUAUCUCAAAUAUCAAAUUCAACCUACACUGUUACAGAACCUAUGGAAGAAUUAAAACUUACAUAUAAUAAAAACGAUUCUGGUUGGAACGGUAAAUUUGUAGUAGAACAACCAUUACAAAAAGAUAAGAGAACAAAAAAUCAAAUUACGAAAAGUGGAGGAAAAACUGUAGUAGAACAAACGUCAUCUUCGACUUCACAUCAAGAAAGUUCUUCCACCGCAAAAAGUUCUUCAUCGAGUUACGUUGUUGAAAUUGUAGAUGGAAAAGAAAGAAUUAUUGACCAAAAACAUAAUGAAUCAUUUCACGCUGAUCACUCUAGUAAUGACGAACGUUUAGAUACGAGAUCUGGUACUAACAUUGCACCUGAGGUACAUUAUAAACAACAAGCAACGGAAAGUUCUACAAAAUAUGACUCAGCUGUACCAGAAUUAAAACAACCGAAAACAAAAUCUAGUAAGUCCGAAAGGGAGAUACAUCAAAUAGGAGAUCAACUUUUAUCUUCCUCUAAUAUAACCCAUGAGAACAAAUUUGAUAACAAAUUUGUACAAAGUUCUUCCACAGCUGCAGUAGUAGAUAAAACUGACUCUCAUUCUCAAAAAUCUGGAUCUACUUAUACGAUUAAUGAGCCAAGCGAAGAAUUUAAAUUAACAUAUAAUAAAAACGACUCUGGUUGGAAUGGGACUUUUAUUUAUGAAGAUACAAAUACAAAAGUUGCUCCAAUAAGUAAAAAUACUGUAAUUGAACAAACAUCAUCGUCAACCGCUCAUCAACAAACCUCUACGACAGAAAAAACUUCGUCAAGUGGUUAUGUGGUAGAAAUAAUUGACGGCAAAGAAAGAAUUAUUGAUAGAACGCAUCAUGAAUCUGAAAAUGCUACUAGAAGUAUUAAUAAUGAACAUUUAUCUUCAAAGUCUGGUACUAACAUUACACCAGAAGUUCACUAUCAGCAACAAUCGACGAAAAGCUCAACUAAAUAUGACAGUAAUAAUCCAGAAUUAAGACAACCUAAAACAACUUCAUCUGAUGUUUAUACUGAUUUUCACCAAGUAGGGUCUCAAGUUUCUUCCAAUAAAAAUAUACUUCAUAAUACAAAUGUUACAGAUAAAAAUUCUUUAAAAAGCACUUCCAAAAAUUUUAUAGAAGUAGAGCAAACAGAUUCAAUAAAUAAACAAAUGGAUUCCAGUCAAUAUCAAAAAACAAGCGUCAGUGAAACCAUACAAAAUAUUACCGCAAAAGAUCUUGGUAAAAAUACUAGUACUACUACAACUACAACUUAUUAUGACUCGAAAGGAAACAUUAUUAAGACGGUAAGCGAAGUUGACAAUCAUAAUAUUCCUGGAAGCUCUUUUACAGAUAUAGAUAAAUCACAAACUUUAAAUUUGAAUGAAACUUAUGUUAAGACUGAUCAUGUACCAGCUUCUUCUACACCUAAGAAAACAAAAUCACCUGAACGAAAAACUACAUCUCGAUCACCUGCAGGAAUAAAAACAGAAGAUAUUCAUUCUCAAGACAGUUCUAUCAGAUAUGUCGACGAAAACUAUGUAGAUAUGCAAAAAAUUCGUACUAGUCAAUUAGGUACUGAUGCUAAAAAUUUUUACGGUCAUACCGUUGACUCUAAAAACACUAUAGUUGGAAACGUUUACGAUACUAAGGCUGUGCAAAAUACUAUUGGUACUACAGGUCACGUUAUUAUUGACCAAAAUAUCGACACUACUGACCUAGUAUAUUCUAACGACAGAAACUAUGGAAAAACAGGUUGGAAUGGAUCGUUUACUUAUGAAACAUCUACACAAAAGAAAAGCACUUCACCCGAAAGAAAACCUGAAUCAUCAAAACAAAAACCAGAAGAUAAAUCAAGAUAUCCUACUAAAAUAUCUCCAGAAGAUUUGCCUGCGGCAGGAGCACCUUCUAGAAGAAGACAACCUGACGAAAUUUCUAGAACAUCUUCAGAAAAUCAGGCAACACCCAAACACCAUUCUCCUACAAGGCUUGCACCUGAAAGUCUUCCUGCUGCUGGUGCUCCUUCUAGAAUAGAUAGACCAGAUAUAACCAAAAACAUACCUACAGAUGAGAAGCACAAACCUAAAAAGGAGACUCUUACUAAAUUAUCUCCUGAAUAUUUACCUGCAGCUGGUGCUCCUUCUAGAAAAGAUCAACCAGAUAUAACUAGAAACAAACCUACAGAUAACAAACAAAAUAUUACGAAGGAUGCUCCUGAUAGAUUAUCUCCCGAAGAUUUACCUGCAGCGGGUGCUCCGUCUAGAAAAGAUGGACCAGAUAUAACUAAAAACAUACCUACAGAUGAGAAACAAAAACCUAAGAAGGAUGCUCCUAAUAGAUUAUCUCCCGAAGAUUUGCCUGCAGCUGGUGCUCCGUCUAGGAAAGAUCGACCAGAUAUAACUAAAAACAUACCUACAGAUGAAAAACAAAAACCUAGGAAGGAUGUUCCCAAUAGAUUAUCUCCCGAAGAUUUACCUGCAGCUGGCGCUCCUUCUAAAAAAAGUCGUCCCUUAAAACCAUCACAACAAAUUAAUGAGUUUUUGAAAAUAGAAACACAAGAGAAUAUAAAACAGAUGACUAAUGUUGAAUUCGAUGAUGUAAAUCAUAAAGUAAUAAAAAAGGAUUUAUCAAAACAAUUUCCUGAAGGUUAUCAUACAAGCGACACUACAUAUACAAUAGAAAAUUACGAAACUUUUGAUGUAAAUGACAUUAAAAAUACAACCUUCACUAAAAAUACUGAUACUAAAAAUGUUAUUAGUCACACUAGUUUAACUGAACAUUACGUAAUUAUCGAUGGUAAAAAGGUACCUGUAGGGCCAGGCCUGGAAAAACCAGAUAGGGAUCAACCAAAGCAAGUCGAAAAAUAUCCGAAAGAAAAACCAGCAGCUGGGAAACCUUCCAGGCCAUCAAGAAGAAGUGAUUCGCCCAGCAAAAUAAAGCCAAGUACUGUAGAUGAGAUUACAUCUUACUCUGAAACUUUUGUUGAUACACAAGAUUCAAACACUAUUAACUCUGAAACUGUCGUUAAUCAGUCAACUUUAGUAGAACAUUACGUUAUAGUCGAUGGAAAAGUUAUAUCUGACACUACUUCAUCCACUACUGAUAGAAAGUUAUACAUAAAUGACACUAAUUUAACAAGUCCAAAAGAUAAAGUACGUCCUGAUAAAUUACCAGCUGCAGGAAAACCUUCUGUCUUGCCUAAAAGAAGUUCUUCUCCGGAAAAACCAGUUACAGAUAAAAGCCCAAAGGAGAAAGAACCAAUCAGAAAACAUCCUGAAGAACUACCAGCAGCAGGCAAGCGUUCAGUAUCACCAAGAAGAAGUACAUCUCCUGAGAAACCGCAAAAAGUAAGAAGUCCUACAGAAAAGGAACCAAAAAUGAAACAUCCUGAAGAACUACCAGCUGCAGGAAAGCCCUCAGUAUCACCAAGAAGAAGUACAUCUCCUGAGAAACCGCAUAAAGAAAGAAGUCCCAAGGAAAAAGAACCUAAAAUGAAACAUCCUGAAGAACUACCAGCGGCAGGAAGGCCCUCAGUAUCACCAAGAAGAAGUACAUCUCCCGAGAAACCUAAUAAAGAGAGAAGUCCUAAAGAAAAAGAACCAAAAAUGAAACAUCCUGAAGAACUACCAGCUGCGGGAAAACCUUCAGUUUCACCUCGAAGAAGCACGUCUCCAGAUAAACCAGUAAAAGAUAAGAGUCCACAAGACAAAUCUCCAAAAAAGAAACAUCCAGAAGACUUACCUGUAGCAGGCAAGCCAUCUAGGCCUUCUCGACAAGAUUCGCCUAGUAGAACAUCUGUGACAACAGUAACAGAAAUAGUGACAAAAGAAUAUCCAGUUACAAGUUCAAAGUCGGUGUCUGAAAGUGUGGAAUUUAUAUCAAGCGUAGAUGAAACCUAUAUUAUAAAUGAGUCUCACACAACUAUUGAUAAAAAGGAUAUCAAGGAGCAUUAUACCACUGUCGAAAACGAUACGAAAUUUAUCGAAAACGUCGAUAUUGUCGAUAAACGAACGAAUGUAGUAAAUGUGACGGACAUUGAAGAAAAUAUAGAUAAAAGAAUUAACAAAACUGUAAUCGAUAAAAGCACUACGGAUGUUAUCAAUAAGACGUUCAUUAAAGAAGAUAUAGUCGACAUAAAAAAUAUCGAGGAAGUCGAAAAUAUUACGAAUAUUAAUCGAAUCUCAGACAACAAAGUCAUCCACAUCGAAAAAAUUAUAAAAGAACCGGCCAAGCCAGCAGUGGUUAAAGUACCGUUAAAGGAGCAAUGUAUCUGUGAACUCUGCACAUGUGGACGACAUACCUGCCCACAUAACCCAGACGAUUACAACGAUCAUCUUCAUCCAGAAGGUCCUUUCCUUGGUAAGCCUAAGGAUGACUACAAUGCAGUAAGAGGGGAGCGUUACCCUAUUAUAAAACCACAAGAUCAUCUUAAACCAGAAGGUGAUUUUGAAAGGCCGUCUAAACCACAAUGGAGUCCAGCAGAGAGACCGAAGCCCAAAAGACCCGAUGAUAACUUGAAGCCGGAAGGAGAAUUUGAAAGAUAUAAGCCAGAAGAAUGGCAACCUGGAGAGCGUCAAAAACCCAGAAAACCAGAAGAUAACCUUAAACCAGAAGGUGAUUUUGAACGACCAGAUAAACCUGGUUGGAGACCUGCAGAGAGACCACAACAGAAACGACCAGAAGAUAAUUUGAGGCCAGAAGGAGAUUUUGAAAAGCGUACUCCAGAAAAAUGGAGACCGGGAGAAAGACCAGAAUCAAGAAAACCUGAAGAUAAUUUAAGACCAGAAGGUGACUUUGAGAGACCAGACAAACCUGGAUGGAGACCUGCAGAAAGACCACAACAAAAGAAACCAGAAGACAAUCUUAGACCGGAAGGAGAUUUUGAAAAACGAACACCAGAAAAAUGGAGACCAGGUGAUAGGCCUGAAGCCAGGAAACCAGAAGAUAACUUAAGACCAGAGGGUGAUUUUGAGAGACCAGAGAAACCUGGGUGGAGACCUGCAGAAAGACCACAACAGAAGAAACCAGAAGACAACCUUAGACCAGAAGGAGAUUUUGAAAAACGAACACCAGAAAAAUGGAGACCAGGUGAUCGGCCAGAAGCCAGGAAACCAGAAGAUAACUUAAGACCAGAAGGUGAUUUUGAGAGACCAGAGAAACCUGGGUGGAGACCUGCAGAAAGACCACAACAGAAGAAACCUGAGGACAAUCUUAGACCGGAAGGAGAUUUUGAAAAACGAACACCAGAAAAAUGGAGACCAGGUGAUAGACCAGAAGCCAGAAAACCAGAAGAUAACUUAAGACCAGAGGGUGAUUUUGAGAGACCAGAGAAACCUGGAUGGAGACCUGCAGAAAGGCCCCAACAAAAGAAACCAGAAGAUAACUUAAGACCAGAAGGUGAAUUUGAAAAGCGUACGCCAGAAAAAUGGAGGCCUGGUGAUAGACCUGAACAAAUAAGACCAGAAGAUAAUUUGAGACCAGAAGGUGAUUUCGAAAGACCUGAAAAGCCUGGAUGGAGACCUGCAGAAAGACCACAACAAAAGAAGCCUGAAGAUAACUUGAGACCAGAGGGAGAAUUUGAAAAGCGUACUCCUGAAAAAUGGCGACCUGGUGACAGACCAGAAGCUAGAAAACCACACGAUAAUUUAAAACCUGAAGGAGAUUUCGAAAGGCCAGAGAAAACCGAAUGGGUGCCAGUUGAGAGGCCAAAGCCAACAAAGCCCGAAGAUAAUUUACGUCCAGAAGGCGAUUUUGAAAAAAGAACACCGGAAAAAUGGCGUCCAGGCGACAGACCAGAUGCUAAACGCCCUCAAGAUAAUUUAAGACCAGAAGGAGACUUUGAACGUCCAGAAAAACCAGAUUGGAGUCCAGCUGAAAGACCGAAGCCUAAGAAGCCAGAGGAUAAUCUUAGACCAGAAGGAGAUUUUGAAAAACGUAAACCGGAAGAUUGGAGACCAGCCGAUAAACCUAUUGUAAAGAGACCACAAGAUAAUUUGAGACCAGAAGGCGAGUUUACUAGUUCAACAACAAUCACAGAAGAUUACAAAGUUGUACGGGGAGAAAGAGUUGAUAUUGUUCGCCGUGAAGACAAUCUUACCAUCGAAGGAGACUUUACAGAUAUUACCACAAACAAGACAGACUUCACAGGCGAGCUAGUAGUUCGACAGACCCCAGUUAGACGAAGAACAUGGACAAAAGACGAUGUUGAAAAAUUCUAUUCGACCCAAACAACCGAAGUAACAACAACUAGUCAAGAUGUGUAUAAAAAUUAUGACGUUACAGAUUUCAACAGGACUGUAAUAAUUCACCGUGAUAAUUUACGCCCCGAAGGACCCUUCCAUGGUACUCCAAAAUCUAAAGAGGAUUAUAUUCCUAAACAAGUUGAAAGACCAACUCCAACGAAGCCUAGAGAUAAUCUUAAACCAGAAGGAGAUUUUGAAAAACGAACACCUGAAAAAUUUGUACCCGCUGAAAGGCCCAAACAAAAACGCCCAGAGGAUAAUCUCAAGCCGAGGGCGAAUUUGAAAGACCAACGCAUACCAAAAUUGGACCUGCUGAACGAAGAACGCCAAUUAAACACGAUGAUAAUUUACGUCCAGAAGGUGAUUUUGAAAGACCAGAAAAACACAAAUACAGACCGGCAGAACGUCCAACACAACGACGGCCGGAAGAUAAUCUACGACCAGAAGGCGACUUUGAACGACCUGAUAAACCUGAAUAUAUUCCAGGGGAAAGGCCGAGACAAAAACGACCAGAAGAUAAUUUAAGACCUGAAGGAGAUUUUGAAAGGCCUACUCCCACCAAAGUAAAACCAGCAGAGCGUAGAACACCCAUUAAACAUGAUGACAAUUUAAGACCAGAGGGUGAUUUCGAAAGACCAGAAAAACCGAAGUAUAGGCCUGCUGAACGUCCUUCACAAAGAAAACCAGAAGACAAUCUCCGCCCUGAAGGUGACUUUGAACGUCCAGAUAAACCAGAGUACAUAGCAGCUGAAAGGCCAAAGCAAAAGCGUCCCGAAGAUAAUCUUAGACCUGAGGGAGAAUUUGAACGUCCUUCUCCAACAAAAGUAGGACCAGCUGAACGUAGGACUCCUAUAAAACAUGGCGAUAAUCUACGUCCCGAAGGAGACUUUGAGCGCCCAGAAAAACCAAAAUAUAGACCUGCAGAACGCCCAUCUCCGAAACGUCCAGAAGAUAAUCUCCAUCCUGAAGGCGACUUCGAACGUCCUGACAGGCCUGAAUAUAUUCCAGCUGAGAGACCUAAACAAAGACGUCCUGAAGAUAAUCUUAGACCUGAGGGAGACUUUGAACGUCCAACUCCAACUAAAGUUGGACCUGCUGAACGUCGUACUCCAAUUAAACAUGAUGAUAAUUUGCAUCCCGAAGGAGACUUUGAACGCCCUGAAAAAGCCAAAUACAGGCCUGCAGAACGUCCAACACAAAAACGUCCGGAAGAUAAUCUUCGUCCCGAAGGAGACUUUGAGAGACCCGAUAAACCUGAAUACGUUCCAGCUGAAAGGCCAAAACAAAAACGUCCUGAAGACAAUCUCAGACCAGAAGGAGAAUUUGAACGCCCAACUCCCACUAAAGUGGGACCAGCUGAACGGAGGACUCCAAUUAAACAUGACGAUAACUUACGUCCUGAAGGAGACUUUCAACGACCAGAAAAAAGUAAAUAUAGACCUGCUGAACGUCCUACGCCAAAACGACCAGAAGAUAACCUUCGUCCCGAAGGUGACUUUGAACGUCCAGAUAAACCAGGUUAUGUUCCAGCUGAAAGACCUCAACAAAAAAGACCUGAGGAUAAUCUUAGACCAGAAGGAGAUUUUGAACGUCCAACCCCGACAAAAGUGGCUCCGGCAGAACGUAGAACUCCUAUCAAACACGACGACAACUUACGCCCAGAAGGAGAUUUUGAGCGACCAGAAAAAGCUAAAUAUAGACCGGCUGACCGCCCAACUCCCAAACGACCAGAAGAUAAUCUUCGCCCAGAAGGAGAAUUUGAAAGGCCCACUCCAACUAAAGUGGGGCCAGCGGAGCGUAGGACUCCUAUUAAACAUGAUGAUAAUUUGCACCCAGAAGGAGAUUUUGAACGUCCAGAAAAACCAAAAUACAAACCUGCAGAACGUCCAACACAAAAACGACCGGAAGAUAAUCUUCGCCCUGAAGGAGAUUUUGACAGACCAGAUAAACAAGAAUACGUUCCAGCAGAAAGGCCCAAACAAAAACGUCCUGAAGACAAUCUUAGACCAGAAGGAGAAUUUGAACGUCCAAGUCCGACUAAGGUGGGUCCAGCAGAACGUAGAACACCUAUCAAACACGAUGAUAACUUGCGUCCUGAAGGCGACUUUGAUCGUCCCGAAAAAUCAAAAUAUAGGCCAGCUGAAAGGCCCACUGCAAUACGCCCAGAAGACAAUCUUCGUCCAGAAGGUGAUUUUGAAAGGCCUACACCAACUAAAAUCGGACCUGCUGAACGUAGGACUCCAAUUAAACAUGAUGAUAACUUACGUCCAGAAGGUGAUUUCGAGCGACCUGACAGGCCUGGAUAUGUGCCGGCUGAGCGGCCAAAGCAGAAACGACCAGAAGAUAAUCUUCGACCUGAAGGUGAUUUUGAAAGACCUACACCAACUAAAAUCGGACCUGCUGAACGUAGGACUCCAAUUAAACAUGAUGAUAACUUACGUCCAGAAGGUGAAUUCGAGCGACCUGACAGGCCUGGAUAUGUGCCGGCUGAGCGGCCGAAGCAGAAACGACCAGAAGAUAAUCUUCGACCUGAAGGUGAUUUUGAAAGACCUACACCAACUAAAAUCGGACCUGCUGAACGUAGGACUCCAAUUAAACAUGAUGAUAACUUACGUCCAGAAGGUGAAUUCGAGCGACCUGACAGGCCUGGAUAUGUGCCGGCUGAGCGGCCGAAGCAGAAACGACCAGAAGAUAAUCUUCGACCUGAAGGUGAUUUUGAAAGACCUACACCAACUAAAAUUGGACCUGCUGAACGUAGGACUCCAAUUAAACAUGAUGACAACUUACGUCCUGAAGGUGAUUUCGAGCGACCUGACAGACCGGGAUAUGUACCGGCUGAACGGCCGAAGCAAAAACGACCAGAAGAUAAUCUUCGACCAGAAGGAGAUUUUGAAAGACCAAGUCCAACUAAAGUGGGACCCGCUGAACGCAGAACUCCUAUCAAGCAUGACGAUAACUUACGUCCCGAAGGCGAAUUUGAGCGACCUGACAGGCCAGGAUAUGUGCCGGCUGAGCGGCCAAAGCAGAAACGACCAGAAGAUAAUCUUCGACCAGAAGGAGAUUUUGAAAGACCAAGUCCAACUAAAGUCGGACCCGCUGAACGCAGAACUCCCAUCAAGCAUGAUGAUAACUUACGUCCGGAAGGCGACUUUGAACGCCCUGAAAAACCAACAUAUAAAGCGGCUGAGCGCCCUACUCCCAAAAAGCCAGAAGACAAUCUUAAACCAGAAGGAGAAAUGCAAGUUCCCGAAAAAACGCAAUACAGACCUGCAGAGAGACCUACACAGAAGAAACCCCAAGAUAAUUUAAGACCUGAAGGAGAAUUUGAGAGACCCGAAAUUAUAGAAGUUGGUCCGGCCGAAAUUAGAAAGCCAAUAAAACAUGGCGAUAAUUUAAAACCUGAAGGUGAAAUGACAAUUACUAGAAGAGACGAUUACAAAAUAGUCAGAGGAGAUAGAGUUGAAAUUGUUAAACAUGAAGAUAAUCUUAAAAUGGAAGGUGAAUGGGACAUUAGGCGCCGAGACGAUUAUUCGAAGUUGACUGUAACGGAACGAAAUGAAAUAAUAAAACACGAAGAUAAUCUUAAAAUGGAGGGUCAGUGGGAUAUUCGUAGAAGAGAUGAUUAUAAUAACAUUACUGUUAUCGAUCGUGCCCAAGUCAUCAAACACGAGGAUAAUUUGAAAGUGGAAGGAGAAUUUACGGAUAUGCGUACCAGAGACGAUUAUAAAGUAGUUAGAGGAGAAAAAUGUGAAAUUAUAAAACAUGAAGAUAAUUUGAAAAUGGUUGGAGAGUUUAAUGAAUACAGAAAACGAGAUGAAUAUACUACUGGUUUCCAAAAAACAGAAAUUAUUCGACAUGAGGACAAUUUACGCCCAGAAGGAGAAUUUGAAAGACCUGAUAAACCUAAAUAUCAGUCAGUUGAGAGACCUACUCCCAAGAAACCUCAAGAUAAUCUUAAGCCUGAAGGAGAUUUUGAAAGGCCAACUCCGUCAAAAAUUGGACCUGGUGAACGGCGUACUCCCAUAAGGCAUGAUGAUAAUCUUCGUCCAGAAGGUGCCUUUGAAAGACCAGACAAAGUUCACUGGAGUCCAGGAGAGAGACCUACCCCAAGAAAACCACAAGAUAAUCUGAAGCCUGAGGGCGAUUUUGAUAGGCCAACACCCUCUAAAAUUGGACCUGGAGAAAGGAGAACACCGAUUAGACAUCAAGAUAACUUGCAUCCAGAAGGUGACUUCGAUAGACCAGAUAAACCCGGUUGGUCACCUGCUGAAAGGUCUACUCCUAAAAAACCAGCAGAUAAUUUGAAACCAGAGGGCCAGUUUGAAAGACCAACUCCAUCUAGGGUUGGACCUGGUGAACGUAGGACUCCAAUUAGACAUCCAGAUAAUUUACAUCCCGAGGGAGAGUUCGAAAAACCUACAUCACCUAAGUACGGCCCUGGGGAGAGAGCCGACAUUGUAAAGCAUCCAGAUAACCUUAAACCAGAAGGUGAGUUCUUUGGUUCGCCCCGAAAUAAAGAUGAGUUUAAACCAUCCAGAGGAGAAAGAGCUCCUGUUAGAAAACCGCAGGAUAACCUAAAGAUGACUGGAGAAUUUCAGGAUACUACAAUAGCGAAAUCUCAAUAUACAGUAGUAAGAGGUGAGAGGGCAGAAAUAAAGAAACAUGAAGAUCAUCUAAAAGUGGGUACUGGAAAAAUGGAGACUCAUACCACUACACAUGAUAGUUUUGAUAAAACAGUAAAAGUAUCUCCUGGUCGCCAUAUAGUUAAUAAAAAUAAACAUACGGAAUCUCAUAUUAUGCUGGGAAAUGAUACCACAAACAUGCAAACGACAAAUCAAAGUAAUUAUAAAACUUACAUUAGAAAAGUUGAUAAAAAGACUGUUAAUAAUAUUAUAAAUAAUAACGUUAUCAAUAAAGUAGAAAAACAUACAACUCAAAUAAACAAUAUUGUAAAAGACGAUACUGCGACUAAAAAGGACGUUAAAACUGUUCAAAAGUCACACACUGAUGUUUCUACUGACACAAAAACGCUUCAUAAUGGCAAUGUUACUACGACAAUAAAAACAACAACAGUAACAACCACAGGGGCGCAAGAAGCUAGUCAGCAUUCCGAACGUCACCUAAAACAGACUAAUGUAAACGAAAUUCAAAAAUCUUCGUCUCAAACUAAUGUCCAUCAAACGAAUAUUCACAAAUCUUCACAGAUUUUCAAUAAUCAAAUAGAUCAUACGCACUCUACAACUAAUAAAGAAGUAUCUAAUAAAACUUCCCAUCACAAAAAGAGUUCUGUUACGUCUGAGGAAAUAAAUAAUCAAAUUUUGCAUCGUAAGGGUAUUCACACCUCGUCCGAAGCACUUCAUGCGACUAGUUCUUCAGCACUAGACAUGCGCAAAUCUGUGUGCAAUAUCCACGAUCAAGGUAGAACUGUAGUCAAUACAGAAAGACACAGUUUAAGUUCAAUGCAUCGAUCUAAUCAAGAAUCCAACAACCUGAAUAGACGAAGUCUUCAACAACAAAAUACUUAUCAAGUUAUAGAAAGGCCAGAAAAGAUUGUAAGAAGGGAUAAUCUUUCAGUGGGUGGACAUUUUUACGGACAGUCAGAAGCUAGGUCCUACGGAGAAUUUACUAAACAACAAAAUAUACAAAAAGUGGAACGUGUAACAAGAAGGUCUAAUGUGUCUAAUAUAACCUUGGGUGAUAGUAGUACACAUAUCGUGACUUCAUAUAAAAAGGAAUAUUCUCCAAGAAACAUUGGUCCAUGUCCUGCUGGACUAGUGGACGCGCCAAAAGGCCCAUUUAAACAUACAAGGGAUACGAAAUCUCAUAAAUUCUACUUGCCUGUGGUAACGAAUAAAAUUCCAUGACUACAUUCCUAAUUUUAAGUGUGAUUAUCAUUGUUAAUUUCUGAUAUAUUUAUACUUUUUUAGCUUACGGUAGAGGUACAUAAUAUGUUGCUUUUCAAAAAAAUUGUUAUUAAUAUUUUUAUAUUAACUGUUUCCCAGCUACAACUUACUUUAUUUUAUAUAAUAAAUGAUGUAUUUCGAAUGUAUUUUUUAGUUUCAUACCUUGCUUUCAAGUUUUCUUUGUCUAUUCCAGUUCUUCUUUAUACCGAUAAAGAUGAAACUUUGGAGUUAAAUUUUUCAAUCUGACACCGUCAAAUAAGGAAACUUAUAUGAUGCGUGAGGUGUGUAAAAAUGAAUCUGUAAAUUCGAAUGUGCAAUAAAAUUUACUAUACAAUGA